CCUCACUCCCUCCUCCCCACUUCAUGUAAGAUGGUGGUUGGAAGGUGCCGCCGCUGUACAUGGUCAUAGAGGCUACGAGAAAGGGCUUGGUCACUUCAGUUCAGAACUGAGAAAUAACCCCCCUAACAAUUCAAGCACACUGCGGAGUCCGGGGAGUCUCUGCCAUAUUCCCAUCCCGACUGCUGAGCAUUAAUCCCGGGGAGAACACAGUUAGACAGGUCCAGUGCCUGGUCCUCCUCCUCCACUGCAACAACGCCGCCACUUGACGCCUUGUGCCAUAGGAUGUCCCGUAGCCCUGAGGUGAAAGAGGACCCAAUGGAGUGCCCCUUGUGCAUGGAGCCCUUGGAGAUUGACGACGUCAACUUCUUUCCUUGCACCUGCGGCUACCAGAUCUGCCGUUUCUGCUGGCACCGCAUCCGCACAGACGAGAACGGCCUUUGUCCCGCCUGCAGGAAGCCAUACCCAGAAGACCCAGCUGUGUACAAGCCGUUAUCUCAGGAGGAGCUGCAGAGGAUAAAGAAUGAGAAGAAGCAGAAGCAGAAUGAGCGCAAGCAGAAGAUCACAGAGAACCGGAAGCACCUGGCCAGCGUGCGCGUUGUCCAGAGGAAUCUGGUGUUCGUUGUCGGUCUGUCGCAAAGGCUAGCUGACCCUGAGGUCUUGAAGAGGCCAGAAUAUUUUGGGAAGUUUGGGAAGAUCCAUAAAGUGGUCAUCAACAACAGCACCUCAUAUGCAGGCUCACAGGGUCCUAGUGCCAGUGCCUAUGUCACUUACAUUCGUUCAGACGAUGCGCUAAGAGCUAUACAGUGCGUCAACAAUGUCGUAGUAGAUGGUCGAACACUUAAGGCAUCUUUAGGUACAACAAAAUACUGCAGUUACUUUCUAAAAAGCAUGCAGUGCCCCAAACCAGACUGUAUGUAUCUACACGAGCUGGGUGACGAGGCUGCUAGUUUCACAAAAGAAGAAAUGCAGGCUGGAAAGCACCAGGAAUAUGAACAAAAACUUUUACAAGAGCUCUACAAAAUGAACCCCACCUUCCUACAGACCUCCACAGGCACUGGAGAGAAGACAAAGGGCAAAUCAGGCUCUGCACAAAGUACCAACAGCAACAAAGACGCAUGGCCAUCGUUACAGCCUACAGGAAAGACCACCAAUGGGCUUUCAGAACACCGCAAGAGCCCAACCCUAGAUGGAGGCUCAGACUGUGAGAACUUGACUCCAGAUGGUCCAGAGUCUGAGCUUGGCCUUGGUCCUCUCCCAGCCCUCUCGCCUUUCUCGUCAAACUGUGAACCUUCCAGCCCCAGUGACAAACCUCCAGAAGCCAUCAGUUUAGUAAAUGGGGAAAUACUACCACAGAUUCCCUGCAGCGUCUCACCAUCGCCACCUCCUGGCUUGCCCAAGCCGUGUCUGGUGGUGCCGAUUAGUGUACCAGGCUUGACUGCGCGUUCGCCCUUUGAGGGAGCUGCAGCUGAGUCACAGUCGCUCUUUUCUGACAAUAGCAAUUUCCGGCACCCCAACCCCAUCCCUAAUAGUCUGCCCAGCUUCCCCAGCUCCACACACAACAACACAGACUGGCCCACUGCUCCUGAACCACAGAGCCUCUUCACCUCAGAAACCAUCCCAGUAUCAUCAUCCACAGACUGGCAAGCGGCCUUCGGCUUCGGCUCCUCCACCAAACAGCAAGAGGAUGAUCUUGGUUUCGACCCCUUCGACAUCACACGGAAAGCACUGGCGGACCUCAUUGAGAAAGAGUUGACAGUUCAGGACAAAACUUCACAGCCCUUCGGCCACAUAAAUCCUGCACCAGGCUUCCCCCACGGCCCCCUGCACAGCCCACUCCACAGCCUCCCCCCUGGAAAGGGCCCUCUGCUUCCCCCCGGCUCAUCCGCACACUACCCCGUGAACUCUGGGAUGCCCCCACACGGCUUCUCCCAGGUCCCACAGCGGGCAGUCUACAACUCCUUCAGCUUUCCCAGUCAGACACAGGUCUCGCGCCACAGCUGGUUGGCCAUGUCUGCACGCAGCAACCUCCCGCACUUGAACCAUAAUGCCACAGCUGCCCCCUCUACUGCACAGCACAACAGCUUCUUGGACUUGAGUUUGCCACCUCAACAACAGCAGCAGCACAGUACAGGGUUGGGAGGCAUACCUAUCACAGAAAACAGCGGUUCAGUAGAGAGUAUAAAUGUCAAAGAGUGGCAGGAUGGCCUCCGAGCACUUUUACCAAACAUCAACAUCAAUUUUGGUGGGCUGCCAAACUCCUCGUCUUCCUCUUCCUCCUCCUCCUCUUCGUCCUCCUCGUCCAGCGUGAAUCACACAGGGGGCAUCACACACAGCCUGAGCUGGGAUGGCACAGCAAGCUGGAUGGACCCCGCUAUCAUCACAGGUAUCCCAGCAUCCUCGGGCAACAGUCUGGAAUCUCUUCAGGACGACAAUCCUCCCCACUGGCUCAAGUCCCUGCAGGCCCUCACAGAGAUGGACGUCCCCUCCGGCUCCACAGUGCCCCCUCAGCCCCCUCACAACACACCCUUCGGUGCCCAGGUGCCCCUCCACAGAGCCAACUGGACCCCCUACCCACCCACAGCCUUGGCCAACCCCGCCAGCCAGUUCCACUCACCUCCCCCAGGCUUCCAGCCAGCCUUCAGACCCUCAGCCCAGCCCCCCACAGACCUGCUCCAGAGCGCUGCCAUGGACCGCCACUAGGGACUGUGAAACUAAAACUAACACCAUUUCCUUUACUGUGAGAAAACUCAACCAACACAGGAAGCCGAAUCAGUACAAAAAUACAGAACUGUUAAAGUAAUUAUAAGAUUAUGUAUUCUUUUUUUCUUCCUCCUGGUCUUUUGAGCUCAUUUUUUAAUCUUUCUUGGUUUCACACUUUUCUCAGUUUACUCUGUUAAAGUUGCCCUCGUACUCUGUCCCAGCAUUCCAGGCCUAUGUAAUCAUAAAAAACAGAAGUAAAUAAAAUCUCUGAAGAGCCACAUUUAGGUAGUAUAUAGGAGGAGGGAAAGAAUUAGUGAAAGAAAAAAUAUUUAUGUGAAUUAUAUUAAAUAAUAGCUGUGUGGAAAUCAUAUAAAAGUGAUAUAUAUGCAUUAUUGAAUUCUUGGAGAAGGUUCCAUUGAAACAAUGGAGCAUCUUGAGCGUUGAGAUUACGAUAAACAUUUCUGCCUUUUAAAGCUACACCAAAAAAAAAAAAGAUCAGCACCCAUUUUACAUCUACCUGCACAAAGAUAAAGCUGCUUUCCAUGAGUUCUUAAGGCCAUGGCAAUCAUUUAAAGCAAUCAAAAGUUAGGAUUCAGAAAACAGGGUUCUUUCUCAUUCUUAGUGCUUUUUUCUUCCUUUUUUUUUUAAACUUCCAUUUAAAUCAAAAUCAUACUUGACUGAGAGAAAAAGGGAAAUCAGGAGUGAUUUUCCACUCAGUAUAGAUGGUUAUCCUUCCUGGUUGCAGCUGAGAAGCUUUUCUGUGGGGUUUCCACCACAGUUUCCUUGUGCAUUGUGGCUAUUUUGAGCCCUUAUGAGCCAACCCUUAAAAAAACAAGCCAGGUCUGCUUUGGACCAUGCCUCGUUUUACUGGGUGCCGCCUUUACUCAAGCCCUUGCUGACCCUCCUGCCAAAUGAUUGGUACCGGGUCAUUUGCUCAAGAGGCUCUUCAGUUGCAGCUCUGCAUUUAACCUCUGUAUCAGAGGGCAGUGCAUUGCAAAAUCAACAGAAUCCUCAGUUGUGCAGAGCAGGGAAGCUGUAAGAGCCUAUCAAGCAAAGGGUGGGUGUAGCAGACGGAGCACCACUGUGUGGUGUCUUUCACAGCUGCUCCUACCGAUACCUGAAGACAUCCAGAAAUAGUGAGUGUGUGUGUUCUAAGGGUUAUGGGAUUCCCCAAGGAAAACAAGACGGAUGCAACACUUUUGUUAUAAGGGUUCUGGGGCACAUUUGCUGAGUUUGAUGUAUGUUAAAAAAAAAAAAAAAAGACAGAUAAGGAACAAAUUGCACAAACCAGAAAGUCGUAAUGCAUCUUUUCUGUUUGUGCGGUAAUAUCAGAGAGAAAAGAAUGAACGCAAGUCAUUUGUACUUGGUGGUAACUGGGAGUUUAAUUGAUUUGAAUGAUUGAAAGUUUUGAUCAAGUGAUUGUGUGCGAAAGAAAGCGGAGCUGUUAUAUUUUAAAGAUAUAUUUGAUCAUUUGACUUCAAGGUUAAUUUGAUUUUCAGGUAAAUGUUAGCAUGUAAACACCUGUUAAAAAUAUAAGCAGGUAACAUAGAUGGAGAUAAUCUGGCCACACUAAUAGUGAAAGCUGGGAUAGCAGUACUGGUAGGCAACAAAACCAACCAAUCAACCAACCAACAAAAACAAAAAAUUCAGGCAAACGCCAGAAUCUCAACUAGGGCCAUACGAAAACCACUCUCCCUCCAUCUGCCUCCCUUAAUUUUCUUUUAACGGUCUUAAUCCUGUUUCAGCUGUGUAGGUUCUUGCCAAACUGUUCAGUGUUCAACAAUUCAAGAAGAAUGAUUAACCUAAAUCUCAAAAAGAAGCCGAUACAGUCUAACUCUGGGUUUUCCUCAGUGCUGAAACAAUGAGAGAGUUUAAAAUGAAGAGGUAAAGGAACUGUACCUCUCUGCAGGUCUGGAAGAAGAAACAAACCAAUCUUAAAUAAAAGAAAAUAAUGAA